AUGGAUGACUGUGUCAGAUGCCCAGCAGAUCAGUACCCAAACAAGAAAAAAAAUGGAUGCAUCCCCAAAACAAUAAGCUUUCUUUCUUAUGAUGAAUCUUUUGGGAUCGGCUUGGCCUCCCUUGCUCUUUCUUUUUCACUGGUCACAACUUUGGUGAUAGGAACAUUUAUUAAAUACAAAGACACUCCCAUUGUCAAAGCCAACAAUCGGGAUCUCACCUACGCUCUCCUUAUUGCUCUCCUACUCUGCUUCCUCUCAUCAUUUCUGUUCAUCGGACAUCCUGGGAAGGUGACCUGCGUUCUUCGCCAACCAACGUUUGGCAUCAUCUUCUCACUGGCUGUUUCAUGUGUGUUGGCAAAGACUGUGACUGUAGUUGUAGCUUUCAUGGCCACUAAGCCAGGGUCUAGCAUGAGGAAGUGGGUAGGGAAACGUCUGGCCUAUGUCAUUGUCCUUUCCUGCUCUCUUACUCAAGCAAGUAUUUGUACUGUGUGGUUGAUGACUUCUCCCCCAUUCCCCCAACUAGACAUGCACUUGGUAACAGAAGAAACCAUUGUGCAGUGUAAUGAAGGGUCUGUGACCUUGUUUUAUUGUGUCCUGGGCUACAUGGGCCUCCUGGCCAUUGCCAGCUUCAUAGUGGCAUUUGCAGCUCGCAAAUUGCCGGACAGUUUUAAUGAAGCCAAGUUUAUAACCUUCAGCAUGUUGCUGUUUUGCAGUGUUUGGCUGUCUUUUGUCCCAACCUACCUGAGCACCAAAGGGAAAUCCAUGGUGGUGGUGGAGAUCUUCUCCAUCUUGUCCUCCAGUGCUGGAUUGUUGGGCUGCAUCUUUGCCCCUAAAUGCUACAUCAUUGUCCUGAGGCCAGAGCUGAACCACAGGGAGCAACUUAUUAGGAGAAAGAUGUGCCCUGUGAAUGAUCCUAUUCCUGUUCCACAUGAGUGGUACCAGCCAGGGGACCUCAUCAUUGGUGGAAUUACUUCUCAUAUCUACUAUAUUUUCUAUGAAGCUUUCUUCAAAGAACAACCCAAACAGAACCUGUUCGAUAUUUCAUAUGCGGUGACCAAAUUCUACCAACAUGUCCUUGCCUUAGCAUUUGCUGUGAAAGAAAUCAAUGAGAAUCCCAACAUUUUGCACAAUGUCACACUUGGCUUCCACAUCUAUGACAGCUGUUUUGAUGCAAGGAUGACCUACCGCACUACACUCGACCUCCUCUUCAAAAUGGGUAGAUUCAUCCCCAACUACAAAUGUGACACACAUAAAACCCUCAUAUCCAUCAUUGGGGGACUUGGCUCUGAUACUUCCUUCCAUAUGGUAGACAUACUAGGUCUCUACAAGAUUCCACAGGGAUUUUAG